GGGCCGCUGUUGGCCAGUGUGUUGAUAUUUCAGGGCACAUUUAAAGAGAAACCUCGCUCGCCAUGAUGAUAUUACAGAGAGAAAGACGUCGUGUUCAAACGUCGGAGAUCAUUUUAAGUAGAGCCGUUUUCAACCUUUCUUUAACCGAUUCGAAUGGUUUCGGAGUGAUGUCUAUGUUUUAUCACCUGUGAGGGACAUUCGGUAAUUGUGGAUAGUAAUUUUUUCCUGCUAAUUUUCCAGGGGAACAGUUCGAACAGAACAAUGAAACGGCAAGCGCUGUUGUUUUCCUUGGUCUUUUAUCUCGGUCCAGUCAUCUGCCAAAUCAGCUACUCUAUUCCCGAGGAGAUGCCGAGUGGCUCUUUAGUCGGUAAUAUUGCCCAGGAUUUGGGUUUGGAUACAAAACGACUGAAAUCUGGAAGAGCUCGCGUUUAUACUGGAGACGGUGUGGAAUAUAUUGAGCUAAACGGGGAACGCGGAUUUCUUCUAAUCAAAGAGAGGAUCGACAGAGAAGCGAUUUGCAGGCAGACAACACCUUGUGCUUUACAUUUUCAGAUCAUUUUAGAAAACCCUAUGGAGUUUUACAGUGUCACAGUCGAGAUUAUAGACAUAAAUGACAACCCCCCUACCUUUGAGAAAAGCGAGGUAACCUUUAAAAUCAGUGAAUCUGCUGUAAUCGGAGGAAAAUUUGUUCUGGACAGAGCAAUAGAUCUUGAUGUUGGCAAAAAUGGUCUUCAGAAAUAUGAGCUUAAACCUACCGAUAAUUUUGUACUGAAAGGGGACAGUCAAGGUAGUGGAACGGAAAAGGCUGAAAUGAUUUUACAGAAGCCUCUUGACAGAGAAAAGGAAGAGUCGAUAUCACUAGUUCUAACAGCCUUUGAUGGCGGAGAUCCGCAAAUGUCAGGUACAAUUCGAAUUUUCAUCACGGUAUUAGAUGCUAAUGAUAAUGCGCCUGUCUUCACGCAGUCCACCUACACAGCCACUGUUUUUGAAAACGCCCCGGAAGGGACAGUUGUCACGAGUGUUAGUGCGUCAGAUGCAGAUCAUGGAUCAAAUGGUAGAAUAAAGUAUUCCAUUACAAACAGUUUAGAUCAAGCGCAUGCCUUGUUUCAGAUAAAUGAAGAAAGCGGAGAAAUAAAAUUAAUUGGAAACAUUGAUUAUGAAAAUGCACGAAAUUACCAUAUUAACAUACGUGCAAGUGAUGAUGGUGGACUUACAGAUUCGUGCAAAGUUAUUGUUGAAGUGGUGGAUAUAAACGACAACAAGCCAACGAUUAAUAUAAUGUCAAAAUCAAAUAUGAUAUCUGAACACUCUAAAACUAACACUGUUGUUGCGAUGAUGAAUGUUCAAGACCCAGAUUCAAAUGAAAACGGAAAAGUCCACUGUUUUAUCAAUGAUAAUACACAUUUGUCUAUUAAGGCAGCAUCUAAUAAUUUCUACAGCUUAGUAACAGACAGUGAUUUAGACAGAGAGAGAGCCUCUGAGUAUAACAUCACUGUGACCUGCUCUGAUGAGGGAGUGCCCUCCCUCUCCAGCAAAAGGGCCGCUAUUGGCCCGAGUAUGGCAGCGUUCGUCAACGCUGAAAAAUGUACCUCCCCUUUAGAUUUCCACACUGGUAGACAAUGA